AUGAAAGACCAUUAUAUUAAUAUAUUAUUGUUUGCUCUUCCAUUAAAUAUAUUGGUAUAUAAUCAAAGGAACUAUUACAUCACACGUACACCAAAAGCAACCACUAGGACAUUAUGCGAAUGUGAAUUAUAUGCACCUGCCACCUAUGACGACGAUCCACAAAUGAAAGAAGUUAUGGAUAAUUUCAAUCGUCAAACACAACAGAGAUUUCACGAGUACGACGAAAGGAUGAAAACUACACGCCAAAAAUGUAAAGAUCAAUUCGAUAAAGAAAUCCAAAAAAUUAUAUUAAAAGAUAAAUUGGAAAAAGAAUUAAUGGACAAAUUUGCCACAUUACAAACUGAUAUACAAAAUGAUGCUAUUCCCACAUGUAUUUGCGAAAAAUCCUUAGCAGAUAAAGUGGAAAAAACAUGCUUGAGAUGUGGAAGUGUGUUCGGUGGUGGUAUUACACCCGGUUGGGGUUUGAUCAGCGGUUUAGGUUAUGUAGGAUGGACAAAUUAUAUUACUGAAAUAGCUAUACAAAAGGGUAUUGAAGCAGGUGUUAAAGCAGGGAUUCAAGAAUUAAAAGGUUUUGCUGGCUUAUCUCGAUUAAUUAAUUUUUCCGAAAUAAAAAAUUUGAUUAAUCAUACAAAUUAUUUUAAAGAAAUGACAUAUGUUUCAUUUCUUCAAGAUGCUAAUAAAACACACUGCUCUGCUCGUCCUACAAGUAAGGAAAUAUUUUGCAAUUUUGUAUCACAUAAUGGGGAAAGUGCAUUAUCCAAGCGAGCUGCCGGUAUUGCAGAUUAUGCUGCAGAUAUGGCUAAAAUUACUGAAGAAGGUGUAUUGGAAGAGGGAGCCAGUGCAACUAGUAGUUUAACUACUGCAAUAAUUGCUUCAAUUAUUGCAAUUGUAGUAAUAAUUUUAAUUAUGAUAAUUAUUUAUUUAGUUUUACGUUAUCUACGAAAAAAAAAAAUGAAGAAAAAACUCGAAUAUAUAAAACUACUAAAGGAAUAG